AUGCCAGGCACGUCCAUCUGCGAUUCUGUCGUUCAGGUAGCCCCCAACGCUUGGAAGCUGGGCGACCUCAUCAUCUGUGAGAGGGUAGGUACUGGACCUGUCAACGGCGCUGCCGUCACCAGCUGGAGAGAUGAAGAGGGAAUCCUGUGGUACCUGCGCAGAGGAAGGAAAUCCGACACUAGGUAUUUCGGAACCGGCCGCUACGCACCGCCGUACCACAGAUCUGGAACCUCCGGAGCCAUUUGGAAGCUCGGCGGCAUGUAUGUCAAAGUCAAAGCUUGGAGCGAUGGCUUGGAUCCUGAGUCGGACACGCUCAAGAUCAUUCAUGAGACGUGCCCAGGUGUUCCUGUCCCGCAAGUCAUCGCUCACUGGGUCGACAAAACCAUGUCAAGGUCCUUCAUCAUUCUCAGACCUUUGGCCGGUCAGAUGCUUCUACACGCAUGGCCCUCGCUGACGCCUGAUCUUCGUCAACAUGUCGCCAACCAGAUCGCCGACGCUUGCGAGAUCAUGGCCAAGCACAGCGCCACCUACAUGGGCAGCGCUGCGGAACCCUUGAACGGCUGUCGUGACCAUUACCUCUGCCCCGAACGCCCCGUCAGUAUCCCAUCUUGGAAACCCAUCUCACUUCCCCGCAUCGAUGAAUGGAACGGCCAAGAAUACUUCGAUCCCUUUCAGAUUGGUCGAGUCUUCUACCUUUAUCACCCAGAGCUGGAACCAACAAAUAUCUUCGUCACGCCCGAUGGCCGCGUAACCGGUAUUUUGGACUGGGAGCGCGCGGGCUACUUCCCAAGAUGCUGGAUCAGCACCAAGCCUCAGAUUGCAGACGAGUUCUUGUUGGACGCAGGCCCUGGCGUGCCCGACGUCACCGAAUGGCAACGCAGACUCUCGACAACCCUCGAGGAGAGAGGCUUCAUCCCUGAGCGCGAAGAAUGGGAGGAGUUUCGCGGCAGAAUCUCCGGCACCGUGUCGACAGCUGUGUCUUUUAUCAAGCAUUUGCAGGCCGAGAACGACGAGGCGGAGGACGACGAUGUUCCCAUGGACGAGCCGGGCGAGCCAAGCGGCACAAACGGACAUCAUGAUCCACAUGAUGCCUGGCACUAG